GAUUGGACAGUGUGGACACGGAGUGUUGAGUGCAGAGUGAAAGCUGGAUACCAAGGAAAUUAUCAGUUAAGUGUGCAUCGAGGAAGAUUUGGCGCGCUGAGAAGGUUGGCAGAACAUGGAGGAUCCCCACUUGGCGGACGAGUACGUGCAGGACUUCGUGCUUGAUCACCUGGAGGACACGGCCGUGAAGCGCGAGGACCCCAGUCCGCCCAGCAGCAAGAUCUCCUGGACCACAACGGUGGUGGAGGAGGAGGAGGCGGCGCCCAUCCACAUGAAGCUGCGCUCGCUGCAGCAGCACAACUACAUUCCCUACCACGACAAGAAGCGCAUGCAUCCGCUGUCGCCGCCGCCGGAGAUGUACACGGGCCCCAUGGCCGGGCAGCCCGUGCUGGUGAACAGCGCCGUGGCGGGCGUGCCCACGACGCCGCCGGAGACGCCGCCGACGGGCUCGCCGCAGCCGCCGUGCGCCCAGGGAUACACAGGACACUACGGCAUGCAGAGGCAGAGCAACGGGCUGAUGGAGGACAUGAUGUUCCUGCCGGACACCAUGCGCCUGGAGCAGCCGCUCGAUCUGCGCCACCUGCACUGCGACGAGGCGGAGUGGGAGCGCCCGCGGUACUUGCAGCCCAACGACGGCGGCGGCGGCGUGUCUGGGCCGCCGUUCAUCCAGCACCACCAUCUCACACACCUGGAGCACAUGGGGCCGCUGCACGCGGGCUCGUAUCACGGCCACAUGGCCAGGCCGCUGAGCAGCGGCAGCACGGGCACCAUCGUGGUGUCGCCGCGCCAGUCCGCCGGCCAGCACAGCAGCAGCAGCGUGGGCAGCAAGGACGACGAGGAGCUGGACGACGACCUGCUCAUGUCGCUGAGCGUGCGUGAGCUGAACAAGCGCCUGCACGGCUUCUCGCGCGAGACAGUGGUGAAGUACAAGCAGAAGCGGCGGACGCUGAAGAACCGCGGCUACGCGCAGAAUUGCCGCUCCAAGCGGCUGCAGCAGCGCCAGGACCUCGAGCUCACCAAUCGCACGCUGCAGUCGCACCUCAACCGCAUGAAGAUGGACCUGGAGAGGAUCACGCAGGAGCGCGACCAGCUCAGGCAGAUGGUGAUGACGCACGGCCAGUCCGGCGGCGCGGCGCCCCAGAAUGGCGCCUUCCACAGCGCGGACACGGGCUCGCCGGCCACGGAGUUCCUGCUAUGACGGCAAGCCAGCGCCCACAAUUGGCCAGCACGAUACUGAAGGUGACGAAUUGUAAUCCCACAUUCAAUCCCUUUGCGUCACGAUUACCAGGACUCGUGGCUUCUUGGGGGGGAUCGAGAAGCGAUUGGGAGGGUAAGAAGAUGAGCUACUUUGCAAUCAGUUAUCAGUCUCUGGAUCUAAUCAAUCUUGACCUCUGAAUUUGUCCACUGAAUGAAUUCAUUGAGACAAAAACACUUUGCGUUUAUCAUUUCUCAUGUUCCCCCGAUUGAAAGGUAAAAGUAAAAGGAAAAAAACAGUGAGAAAAGACAAAUCUUUAGCAGUAUUUAGUGCAGAUGAUGAAUGAGAGCAGCAAAAGACAUACUAAUUAAUAAUUAAAGGAGAAAAAGGAAGAUAAACUACUCGAAGGUACUAAACAAAAUGAUGGUUGUGUGAUUGUUUUGAUUGGAGAUGGAACUUCUUGAACUGAGUUUCUCUCACAAGAUUCUUUUCUGUUUAUUUAUAAUUCACUCCAAUUUCCAAUUGAGUUGAGAACUUAUUUUUUUUACUGUUGUUGAAGAUUCUUUUCUACAUGUAUUAUUAUUUUUUAUAAAAUUGACUCCAUAUUGCACAAUAUUUAGGUGUUUAUGCUGAGGAUUGCGAGAGUGGAAAGAGGAUGAAAAUAUCAGAUUCUUGUGUUUUAUUUUCUCUAGGAAGUAAAGGAAAUUAUAGUGAGAGCAAAUGACAUGCAAUUUGAAAAAUUGUAAACUGUAUAAAAGAUAAAAAAUUCUCCCCCUUUUAAAAUACAUAUAUAUGAUAAAUUCUAUAAAUAAUUAAGAUUAAUUAUAUUUGUAAAUAAGAACAAAUUAGGGUUAAUCUACUUGUUCGUAUAAAAUAAAAGUAUAUUGAAGAAA